CACUCAUCAUCCGCUGCUUGGCUGCUUCCCCCUCCCCACCCCGGCGCCGCGCCACCAUGGCCACCGCCACGGCGACCCCGCCGCAAUGCUGGCAAGGGCUCCCUGCUUCCGCGCGCGCCCGCCCGCCUCUCUCCUCCCACCUCCGCGUUCACCCCCUCGCCGCUCCCUUCCGUCUCCCGAGGUCCCGCACCGCCAGCAGCGGAAGAGGAAGCCGAGCCGCCCUGGCCUGCUCCCCGAGGUGCACGCUGGAGACGGCCGGCCCCGCUGGCUUCGACCCUCUGGGGCUCUACAAGGAGGGCCCGUCGGGGUCGGAUUUCUCUUCGCGGUCGCCCCUGUCGACCUUCUUCGGUAUCCUGGCGCCGGUGUUUGGGAGCUCCAGCGGGGGUGGCGCCAGGAGGGAGAAGGCGUCCUAUGGCCGAGGAGCAGCAGCUGCAAUCGAGGAUAGCUCCAUUGACAUUGGUGACUUCUUCAAGGGCCCUCUACCUGGCAAGUUCCUGAAGCUCCUUGGUUUCUUGGCCUUGUCUCGACUUGGUGUGUAUAUACCCUUGGGUGGGGUGAACCGAGAAGCUUUUGCUGGGAACCUUGACCAGAACAGCCUGCUGGGCACUUUAGAUUCUUUCUCUGGUGGUGGUAUCGGUCGUCUUGGAAUAUGCUCCCUUGGCAUUGUACCAUUCAUUAACGCACAGAUUGUGUUUCAACUCCUUGCACAACUGUACCCAAAAUUGCAAGACCUUCAGCGGAAAGAAGGGGAAGCAGGAAGAAAGAAGGUUCUUCAAUAUACAAGAUAUGCCUCUGUUGGUUUUGCAAUUGUCCAGGCUAUUGGACAAGUCCUUUAUCUCCGUCCUUAUGUGAAUGACUUCAGCACAGAAUGGGUUCUAACCUCGGUGACAUUAUUGACACUUGGAUCAGUCUUUACUACUUUUAUUGGUGAAAGAAUAUCUGAUCUGAAACUUGGAAAUGGAACAUCUCUUCUUAUAUUUACAAGUAUUAUAUCAUAUUUGCCUGCAUCAUUUGGGAGGACAGUUGCACAGGCAUUUCAAGAUGGGAACUAUGUUGGACUUAUCACAAUCAUGUUGUCGUUCUUUUUGUUAGUCCUUGGAAUUGUCUAUGUCCAAGAAGCUGAGCGCAAAAUACCCCUGAACUAUGCUUCUAGGUACAGCAGUCGAACUGGGGGACUUCAACGAUCUGCAUAUCUACCAUUUAAGGUCAACAGUUCUGGUGUCAUGCCUAUCAUAUUUUCAACAUCUUCGCUGGCUUUGCCUGGUACUUUGGCACGGUUCACAGGCUUGGAGUUUCUUAAGAAGGCUGCCGUAGCCCUUAAUCCAGGAGGUUCUCUGUAUCUUCCAACCAAUGUAUUACUUAUAGCCUUUUUUAAUUACUAUUAUACAUUUCUCCAAUUGGAUCCUGAUGAUCUUAGUGAGCAAUUGAAGCGGCAAGGUGCUUCAAUUCCUCUUGUGAGACCAGGGAAAAGCACAGCUGCUUAUAUUAAAACAGUUCUCAGUCGUAUAUCUGUCCUGGGAUCUGCGUUUCUUGCUGUGCUAGCUGCUGGACCUUCUGUGGUUGAACAAAUAAGUCACUUGACGGCAUUCCGGGGAUUUGCUGGUACAUCAGUGCUUAUACUUGUUGGAUGUGCAACUGAUACGGCUCGGAAAGUUCAAGCAGAAAUAAUUUCCCAGAAAUAUAAGAAUAUUGAGUUCUAUGAUGUUAACCGUUUUGACCAAUAGUUGAUCUCACUGGUCGUUCUUUUCAACCUGUACUUAACUUUUCAAUUGUGUAAUUGAGUUUUGGAUUCUUAGCUAAGCAUUUUAUCAUUGUUCACUUGGAUCUUAUUUAAAUUCUACUGUGUAUAGCACUGAAAUCUAUACUUGAAAUACAGAAGCAUUCAUCUGUAUACUAACAUAGUAACAUGUCAAUAAACUCAAGCCGUAAAACUAUGGAUCAUCGUUUGUUAUUCAAAAUUCAUGUUGCUGUUGAUGUUACAUGAAUUUUGUCCUUCAGAAGAGGGAACUUAAAUUACGAUUCCCUUCCAUAUUUGUUGUGUGCCUUUAUUGCAUCAACUGAAUAAUUUGCUUAUUGGUCAAGAGUUCACUAGAAAAGGUGAUAUAGACAGGUUAAAAAAGGAUGGAAGGAUUGAACACAAACACAACUAUUUCAGUUUUGUACACAUACCUUUUUUAUUGGGAACUCAACUGUAGCAAGAAUGCUUUGUGCGCGUGCAACAAAUUUUCUCAUCUUCUCUGGAUACCUCUUCUAAAUUUCUCUCUUUUUUAAUCUUGCUGUUUUAUUACUAUGUGACUAAGUGCUGCUUCUUUUGUUCAAGAUCUAUGUUUGACUCAUGCAAAUAGAUCAAUAUGUGUUCAUUCAUCUUGCACCUAGAGUUGGUAUCACAUUCGUGUUUGCAAUAUUCAUGACACUUGACCACUGUUCAAGCAUUACGUUAACAUCAGAAACAAUAGAACCAUGAAAGAAUAUUUAUAGUUGGGAGGAUUAUGAAAAUUUAGGACUAACUACUCUCCCACUCACAUCAUUGGACUUUAUAGAUGCAGUCGAUUUACUAUUCUGAGUCGUGUCUGCAGAGAAAUCAGGUUUCUCUGGCUGCUCAAUCUUUGUUUUUUCUGAUGAAUUUAAUACAAUUUGAGGCACUUACCAUGAACCUGUUCAUGCUCAGUCCAGCUCAGUUUUUUUCAAUCUCCAGCCUGACCCAAACUAUGUUCUGGGUUUUUCAGAAUGCAUCAAGAAAAGUAUGUAAUGUUAUGUUCACAUAUCUAUGGCUCUAUGCAUAAAUCACAUGCAACUUAAUACUAAUAUUGGAAAUAGAUAUUUAAAAUGGUAAAAUUAUUACUUUUCAGCAUUUAGUUAUGCUUGGGUGGAACUUGUGUUCGAAUAGGCCUAACAAACUUACCCUCCUUUUGCUAUUAAGAACCAUCUGAGACACACUUUGCAUCACCGAUGUGCCGAUGGACCAAUGGGAAGAAUGAUUCACACCUACUGCUUAGAACCAAAAUGUGUACUGCAGGUGCUUACAAUGCAGUAUCCUGGGUUGCUUGCUACAAACUUCAAGCCAUUGACUUGGUGCAAGAGCAAGACCGAUUUCAACUUCGUGACUAUAUUCUGACUUUCUUGUUUUGGCUAGCUAUCAGCUGGCUGGUGCCAAUGAGCAUUUGAUGUUAGCAGCCCCUUGCUGCGGGAAUCUCCUGAUUGUGGGAUGAAGGAAUUAAAGAAAUCUGUCCUAUGGCUUCAGCCACCAUCUAUCUUGGACCUUUGUUGCUGUCCUUGAAUGAUUGCAAGCAAUUCGUUGAUUGCCCCACCCUUACAGAUACUGUAAGUGCAGGAGAUAAGAAAGAGGUCAUAUGCACCUAGAAUCCUAGAUGGCAUCUUGUAGUUGCUGAUCCAAUUCUGAGAAAUAUAGCACUUGGUCGACAUUUGACAAGUCAUUCCUCCUUAAAUUAAUUAAUUUUUUACACAUGAUAUACUUGUUUAUGAGCAAUGUUUUGUUGUGUCAUUAUUCAAACAUGAGAAUAAGAAACAGAUCUGGUUAUUCCUGCAAAUAUAUAAUUACUGACUAGGAAGUUACUCACAUGUUGUUCAAGAUCAAGAUGGAAGUGCUAUUGUUUUACUGGAUCAAGGACUGCUGCUAAUUGGAUCACAGAAAUGAGAACUGCAGUGCUGCAUAUCUGUCAGGAGAGUUGCUUAUUUCCUGGAGUUAUGUUACCCUUUUUCACAACCCUGGAAGGAUAAGGUAGCAUAGUUAGGAAUACAGACAACAGAAAGGAUGACAGAAUAUAUGGCUGAAGGUUUUCACCGUGCAAGAACACAAUAACUAUCUAAUCUUACUGUUUGUGUAAACAAUAAUCGCGCAUGAACAGGGUGACGGCCCUUGCAUGGCCUGGGGCAGCUCCAUUCAUGGGCCCUACCUAAUGGGCUGCACAUGACAAUGCCAUGCUAUGCUAGUUUGGGUGAUCACCGAUAGAGAAAUCAGGCUCCUCUGGCCGAUUGUUCUGUGCUUUUAAGAAGAUUGUGGCGAUCUUUGAGAAAGGAAAUUCUGCUGCUCUUGACCUAGAGCUGGAUGAGCCCUCCAUAUUCUGUCGCCUCUCUUCAGUGGCAUUAUCAUCAAUCAAUGAGAAAAAUGACUUCCACCUACUGCUCAAGCUUCUUUCUGCUGUCUUCUGUCGGCUAAUGUGCCUCCUCCAUGCAGACUGAAUGAACCUGGCUGCCCAUGUUCUCCAUUGGUGUGAGUGGAACCGGAAAAUGUGCUGCAGGUGCUUGGAAUGCAUCAUCCUGAAUGUGCUGGCCACAAACUUCAGUGUCAUCUGCUUGCAGUGAGAAUGCCUCAAACUCAAUGAUUGUUCUGACUGUUCUUGUUGAUAAUGGGUAGCAAUCACCAGAGCUGGGAAGCAAUGCCCAUGUGAGCAAUUCCUCACCGCAGAAAUCACCUGGUUUUAAGAUGAUAGAGUUGAAGAAAUCUGUCCUGCCACCAUCAGUUGUGCAGCUCUCUAGCUUUCCACGAAAUACGAAUGUCAUCACCUUCACAGGUUCUCCUUUGCGGAUGAUGUAGGUGCCCUCACUACAAAGGAGAUAAUUCAUGCGCUCACAAAUAGCAUCAAGUAGUUGGUGGUCCAUUGCUGAGAAGAGUGGCACCUAAAAUGUUGAUUGAAAUAUUAUGGCUUGGUUCCUCGUUCACAUAUCAAGUAGAAUAGAUGGUUAGUAUUAUUGCUGAAUAUUUUAGCAACAACCAGAAUACCACUUACACGUUGAACAAGAUCGAGGCAUAGCCACUGUUUUAUGUCUCGACGAAGACAAAUGGUAGUUUUUUCAGGAUUGAGUCCUCUUCAUUCCGUGUUGCAAUCCACUUGUACUCCAAGAACCAACUUAUGCCUUCUGCAAAUCAUCAGAUUGGACCAAGAUUAUCAGAAACAAAGAGAUGUCGAUAUAUCUGAAGCUCAAAGAUGGCAGGAUUGCCCACACAAGGAUCUGCACAUGCGAGGAAGGUGCAUUAGUAUUCAACAAUUACGCAUACACCACUCUCUUCUGAUUGCAGUUGUGGAGUUCUCUGAAAAAGGACACGCACCUGUGGAACAGGCAGUGCUGCUGCGAGGUCGAUGAAGAAGUUCGUUCUGAUGUAUCUGUAUGCAAUUUUUUUAGGAUCUGUGACAAGCUCACCCUUGCCAAGCACUAUGGAACCUGGAUCAAUAUAUGCAGUGAAAAAUCUUGUGGAAAUGAACUACGAAGAACAUGUCGAUAAGGAGAUAUGUGAGCACGAUGGCAAAAUGGCGGUUUAUUUUCAUGCAUGGGGGGUAGGCACUCUCAAUGGUUAGCAAGAAGAAAAAUAGAGGAUCAACGCAUUGAGAAGCUACACAGGAGAUGAGGAAGGCGUGGUUCCAUACAGUACAGUGUUGCCUCCGGGGUCUAGAAUCCAGCUUUGCCAGUAUGUCCAGUGUAACUUAUACAUUGUCUCGUUUCCUGUUGUAUUAGCGGAGCCUGUGGCUGUAUUCUGUUGUUGGCCUCUUCCAUCCUUCUUGCUUGGGUUAAACCUGUGGAGAUGGAAAUUCAUAGCAGAAUCAUGUAGUACUUUUGAAGGUAUAUAGAGUACUACAUAGGAACCUGUACAUGUGAUUCCCAACUAACUGUAUUAAGUCUGCUAAACUAAUGCCUAGAAUCUAAGUUGCACUUGUUU